AUGGAGAAAGUUACUUCAAUAUGUGGUGCAAGCGUGAAGAGGUAUAGGAGAAGAAGGCUAUACCGGAGGCUGAGUGAGAAGAAAAAUUUGAGAGGCCGGAGCAGUUGGAAGGUUUGGAGGAUCAGAGUCAUGCCAAAACUGCAGCAGAAAAACAAGUUACAAAUGAAGCUUUGGAGAAGGUUUAGAGAUGGUUACGUUAAAAGGAUGCUUUGUUUUGCCCGACAGUUCGUGCAGCUAAACAAUGGCACUGUUUUCUUGUUUAACAAGAUUUCAAAGGCUCCUCGUCAGUUGUUGAGAAAUUAA